UUUUCGAGUGUGGUGCAACCUUGACUCAGAUACCUGGCAACAACUAAAACAGCUCAGACGUGGAAGCCGGGUGGAACAAGCCUGAACAUUAACACAAUAACAAACAAAAGUGAAAUUCAAGCCAAACGCACACACAGCUGUGGCAGGACAACUUGUUUGCGGACAGUGACUUCUAUGCCAGCGCACAGUUUCUCCACCCUGAAUGAUGACAAGGAGGACGAAGAUGGUGGACCUGCCUAACAGAGUCACUCCCACAGCGUCCUGAAGCAGGAUGUGUUCUCCUGGAAGAUCCAUCUGCUGCGUUUUACUGACUCUCUUCAUAUCAGCUGCUGGACUGGAGAUUUUUGGAUAUGACAGCCUCAAAGUUGUUUGCCCUCAGGGUCUCUCUGAGUGCACCAUGAAAGAUGAGACGUCUCUUCUCCCAAUGAGCUCAGUGGAUGUUCACAGCUUGGAGCCACAUUUCAAGCUCUGCUGUUUGGAUGGAGGACUGUGUUCACUGUGUCUGGUUGUAGACAUCCAGCUCAUCAUUCAGCCGGACGGGGACACUGAGGAGUGUGUGACAGUGUGUUACUAUACACCCGCUACCGUGUCCAUAUGCAAGAAGGUGGAGUUUACAGUUGAUCAUGCAGCUCUUUCUCACCAAAACCAGGUCAAGAUAACCGUGGUUAUUACUGAAGCAGACGGCUUCCCAUUCAGCAGUAUAGUGCAUGUCUGUCCUGCUCAACAAGCAAGUCGGUCUCAAAAGGUUGAAGCUCCAUCUCUAGAUGAAGUCUGCUCCAUGGACCUGUCGCAGCGUGUUCCACAAUGCCAAGUGCCAACAGUCAGCAGUGUAAUAAACCAAGAGAUGAAUCGGGUGGAGCUGCACUUUGAGAACAGAAACGAUACUCUCCCUUCGAUGUGUGUGCAGUACGAGGAGAAUGGGAACUGUCAGAGUUGGACCAACGAGACCAUCCCGCUGUAUUCUGUGACCCCGUGUAUGUGUCUGCAGCUCUGGGACAGUGACGAUGAUUGGGGGAGACGUUUAAAACUCUGUCCGUUCAACCAAACAGAUAUCUCUGACAUCCUACAAAAGAAUAUACUGGACAAUGUGUCGGUGACUGUCCGCCAAAGUAAAAUGAACAACAACGGCACCAUGCUGUCGUGGAACGUGUCUGCUCCUUGCAGGCUGGAGGGUGAAGUGUGGCCCUGUGGAGCAGCGAGAAGCUGCUCCAAGGCAAACGCCUUCAGACGACUGCUGGUGGAGGGUGCAUGGAAACAAAACACCAAAGGACACUGGGUGAAAUCAGGGACAUUUGAAAACACAGACCCAAAGCUCUCGUCUUGUGUGAUGCUAAAAAUAAAGGAUGCUGUGCUUGGACCUUACUGCACUCAUAAAAUCGGCAGGAGUCACUGGAGUCUCCUCGGUAUUGGACUCAUGCUGCUGCUUUGCUUGACUGUGAUAAUGUUUUAUUUCUUCCACAACUUUGUCAAGAAGUGGGUGUGGAGCUGGCGCCAUGGUGGAUUUGUGAAGAUUGUUAGGAAUGGUCACGUUGUGCUGCUGAGCCCUCCGGACGUGGAUGACGACGUUUCAGACUCAGUGUGUCAGCUGGGAUCCCUCCUCAGCAGUCAGGGCUUCAGCGUGUCCGUUGAUCAGUGGAGCAGGAAGGAGCAGUGCACUCUGGGACCUCUGCCAUGGCUGCACUCGCAGCUGCUGAAGCUUGACAGCCAGGGCGGCCGGAUUCUGCUCGUUUUAACCCAAAAAGCUGUGGAGAGAACAGCGGAGUGGACUCACUGGACUAAUGACGUUAAGAUGAACGGGAAAGACAAGGAGCUCCCGCUGCUGUGGUCUCCCUACGCCGACACGUUCACGGCCUCCCUGUUCAUCAUUCAAGCGGACAAGCAGCUGGGCAGAGCCGGGGAACGCUUCCUUCUCGUGAAAUUCGACUCACAUCCUGCACAGUCUCACAGCAGAGACAGACGUCUACCAGAACCUCUUCAGGGGCUGCCUCUGUUCCAGCUCCCCUCUCAGACCCAAUCCCUUCUAACAGAGCUGACUGUUGUGGAGGCAGAAAGGGGAUCAGAUAAAAGGAGACAGACGAUCCCAACGAGGGGCACCACAGAUGGACCGAGGGCAAAAACUACAAAGGGACUAAACCAGCAGAGGGCAUCGUCAUGCAAAUAUCUUGGAGUUGGGAAUAACCACGAGCCAAACCCUUUAAAAAAUUACCCUUAAAUAUCAUAAUGAGUCAUGCUGCUGUUCUGUGCAUUUAAAUAUUAUAAAGCAAGCCGUGAAACUGAAACACUACCUCUGUAAUUGAAAGCAACAGAAUUCAUGUAGAGUCCAAAAUAAAACAUUUUCCUAAUGUAAAUUGUGUAAAAAGAAUUAAAUUAAUCUCUGUUGCUUUUGAUUUACUCCUCUGAGUGCCGAUACUUUCACACAUAGUCCAUGCAAUAUUCCAGUAGUUAAAAUUUUAACCUCUAAAAUAACAAUUUUUCAUUGAUAGCUCCAGAAGGGGGGCAUCACCAUGUGAACUGAUCAUUUAAAUUAAAUCAGCAUGUUGAGUGGAUGGUGAAUUAAAUAAAUAGAUACACAGCUAAUUAAUGAUUAGUACUCAACUUAAUUAUUAAAAUCCAUCUGUGAGGUGACAGGGGUUUGUGCUGGAAAACACUUCAAACGUGAGUGCAGUCCCUUGAAGUCUAAGUUUCAGAUAAGCCCUGAGAGUGACAUGAAAUAAAACAGUGGACAUGUUUUCUGAGAUAAAGGAAAAAAGAUUCACUCAACAAAUGUCCAACAAUCAAAGUUAAUUACCUGUAAUGAAGUAUGUCACUGAUAGCACAAAAACAGUUCACACAAUACUCCAAAAAAAUGUUUAAAUAUUAAGAGGUUCAACAUUCAGAUCUGUUGAAUGCUUACCUUAAUAUUCUACAGGCUAAUUAUAUCGCAGGACAGCACAGUCCGUCUAUAAAUAAAUGAAGCCUCGUGUUCUUUCUCCACUUGAAGGAUCCCGUGUUGUGAUUGGUCGUUUGUCCGCGGUCAGCCUCAUUCUGAUUGGUUCACUCGCGUGUCUGGUUAAGCGCACAGUGUGACGCUCGAUACAUACAUCAGUACAGUUCACAGGGGCGGCGCUUGGAGAUUAAGGCCUCUCCGCUCUCCCGGGAUGAUCCGGUUCUUAUAUGCAAGGAAAACUUAAAGUUGUGCGUCGGUGUGUCGCUCGGCUGGAAUCACUGAAGACGACUCAGUUUGAACUCCCGCGGAGGUAAUAAACACUCUCAGUUAUUUUUCUGAUGAUAUCGUGUAUUUUUCUAAAGCAUUUCAUGUAAUAUGACUGUGUGUGAGGUUUAUUCUGAGAUCAUUUUUUCAGGGUGAAAAUGUGACAACCAUAAAGUGCAUUAAACCUUUAAAAAAAAAAAAAAAAAAAAAAAA